AUGUUGGAUCUGCUGCUGGUGGUGCCUCCACAGGUGGCAUCUAGAUUGGAGGACCUGCGAGUAAAGCUGGAAAAAGAAGGAUAUUCUAACAUCUCCUAUGUUGUUGUUAAUCAUCAAGGAAUCUCUUCUCGAUUAAAAUAUGUGCAUCUUAAAAAUAAGGUUUCAGAACAUAUUCCUGUUUACCAACAAGAAGAAAACCAACCAGAUGUCUGGACUCUCUUAAAUGGAAAUAAAGAUGACUUCCUCAUAUAUGACAGAUGUGGCCGCCUUGUAUAUCAUCUUGGUUUGCCUUAUUCCUUCCUAACUUUCACAUAUGUAGAAGACUCCAUUAAGACUGUUUAUUGUGAAGAUAAAUGUGGAAACUGCUCUCUCAAGACACUGGAAGAUGAAGACUUCUGUAAAAAUGUAUCUCUGGCUACCAAGGAGAAAACAGCUGAGGCUUCACAGCGACAUCACCAUCCCCAUCACCAUCCCCAUCACCAUCCCCAUCAUGGGCAUCAGCUUCAUGAAAAUGCUCAUCUUUCAGAGUCUCCAAAACCAGACGCACCAGAUACCCCUGAGAAUCCCCCUCCUUCGGGUCUUCAUCACCACCACCAUAGGCACAAGGGUCACCAAAGACAGGGUCACUCAGAUAACUGUGAUACACCAGUAGGAAGUGAAAGUUUACAACUUUCUCUUCCACAAAAGAAGCUCUGA